GCGCCGCCAGAAGCCAUGUCUGCGCCCACCGGGCUGCCGCCUCGGCCCGCCGGUGCCGUCGCCGCUUACCCGGGCGGGCCCGUUGGCUCUCGGGAGGCCGCGGCCCCUCAGAGCGCUGCGCCGCACUGCCAGAACGGUCCCGUGCAGAGUCAAAUGCAGUUCCCUGCUGGCUAUGGCUCACAUCCUCCGAACUACAGUGCACCCUCAGGACACUAUUCCCAAGUGCCCAAUAAAGCUGUUUCAUCACCUUUGGAUAAUCAAUAUAGAGCCAGUUAUCAAUCUCCUUACUAUUCAGCACCAGCACAAAAUGUUAUGACGCCACUCGUGGGAACCAAUGUGUUGAAUACACGGGAAUCACAGCAGUUCUACAACAAAACUCCUCCCUGUACAGUGGGGUUGACUGAAGGACCUGUUCAAGGAGCAAUACCAUCUGGAUCCUACUUGCAUACAAGUGCUCAGCAGUCAUAUUCUGCAUUUGGUGAUCACUACAACACUUCAGUCAGCUCUUCAGUUUCAUCUCAGGGAUUUCCCCUUAAUUCUGAUCAUUAUGCCAUGCCCGUGGUUUCUAGUGCCAUGUAUCCUAAUGUUUCCUAUCCUGCAGCUACUAGCAGCAUGUAUGGGCAGGCAUUUACUUCUCAGAGCCUUCCUGCAGCUGGACAGUUCAAGGAGACAAAUACAUUUUCUAGCCAGAGUACAUCAGUACCUCAUUCACUUCAACAGCACGUUCCUGUGGGAUAUAACUCUACAUUAUCAACUAUUUCAUCUGCUCAGUCCUUUCAGGACAACCUCAGCAAGAAUCUCACUGGAUCCGUUGCUAAAGUAAACAACCAAGUAAACAGAGGUGGCAUUGAUUCUUCACAGCCCGUGCAGUCUGUGAGCCAGAGCGUUCAGCUUACCAAGCCUGGGGUUGGGGCACCUGCUUCCUCUGCUCUGAUAUCCUCAGUGAGGACGCCGGCCCCAGGCCUUUCUUCACAGCCACGAUCCUCACCCUCCAUUACACAGUCACCGGACUCAGCCCUUCAGGAAGGCAUGCAGUAUGGUGGAUAUGUUAAUAAUCAAGCUAGCUCUGCACCAACUCCCUUGUCAUCAAGUUCAGAUGAUGAGGAAGAGGAUGAGGAGGAUGAGGAAGCAGCACUUGAUAGUUCUUCUACUACUAGCAGUGCGUCUCCUGUUCUGAACAAUUAUGAUGCCCUGGAAGGAGGUGGCUAUCCAGAGACACGCUCUGUGACCAGCAGCCCAGUUCCUACUCCACCAGCCCCUCAAACAUCCAAAACUUCCAAGCCCUUUGGUUAUGGAUAUCCAACACUGCAACCUGCCUACCAAAAUACAGCACCACCUACUCCUGUGCAGCCCACUAAUCCAAGCCACCAUCCUGGGUUUCAGCAUUAUCCGCAGCAAUAUCCAGGUGUGAACCAGCUGUCCUCUUCCUUAGGAGGGUUAAGUCUGCAGCAUUCUCAGCAGCCAGAAGGCUUGAGACCUGUAAACCUUACACAGGAUAGAAAUAUUUUACCUGUAUCUUCAGUUCCAGCUCCUGUGCCGAACUUGAAUUCUGAUCUUAGGAAAUUAAACUGCAGUCCGGAUUCAUUUCGAUGUACAUUGACAAAUAUUCCACAGACGCAGGCUUUGUUAAAUAAAGCUAAACUUCCUCUGGGUUUGCUGCUACAUCCCUUCAGAGACUUAACGCAAUUACCAGUGAUAACAUCAAGCACAAUAGUGAGGUGCAGGUCCUGCAGGACAUACAUCAACCCUUUUGUUUCUUUCAUUGAUCAAAGGAGAUGGAAAUGUAAUUUAUGCUAUAGAGUUAAUGACGUCCCUGAAGAAUUUAUGUAUAAUCCUCUGACGCGAUCUUAUGGAGAGCCGCACAAACGGCCAGAGGUCCAAAAUUCUACAGUGGAGUUCAUUGCUUCCUCUGACUACAUGCUUCGUCCUCCUCAGCCUGCGGUAUAUUUAUUUGUUCUAGAUGUCUCUCAUAAUGCAGUGGAUGCUGGGUAUUUGACAAUAGUCUGCAAUUCAUUGCUGGAAAACCUGGACAAGCUGCCUGGAGACUCAAGAACAAGAAUAGGAUUCAUAACAUUUGACAGCACUGUUCAGUUUUAUAACUUGCAAGAGGGUUUAUCUCAGCCUCAGAUGCUCAUUGUUUCAGAUAUUGAUGAUAUUUUCCUACCUACACCAGAUGGCUUACUAGUAAACCUCCAUGAAAGCAAAGAGCUAAUAAAAGAUCUGUUGAAUGCAUUGCCAAAUAUGUUCACUAAUACAAGAGAAACGCACAGCGCCUUGGGCUCAGCUCUUCAGGCUGCAUUUAAACUGAUGUCUCCAACGGGAGGUCGGAUAUCUGUUUUUCAAACUCAGUUACCAUCCUUGGGUGCAGGGCUUUUGCAUUCCAGAGAAGAUCCCAAUCAAAGGUCGAGCACAAAGGUGGUCCAGCAUCUUGGUCCAGCGACAGAUUUCUAUAAAAAGUUGGCAUUGGACUGCUCAGGCCAGCAGACUGCUGUGGAUUUAUUUCUCUUAAGUUCACAAUAUUCUGAUCUAGCUUCCCUUGCUUGCAUGUCCAAGUACUCUGCAGGAUGCAUCUAUUAUUACCCAUCUUUCCACCAUAGCCAUAAUCCUGCUCAGGCUGAAAAACUGCAGAAAGACCUUAAAAGAUACCUUACCAGGAAGAUAGGAUUUGAGGCGGUUAUGCGCAUAAGAUGUACAAAAGGUCUCUCAAUACACACUUUUCAUGGGAACUUUUUUGUCCGAUCUACUGACUUACUGUCUCUCGCCAACGUCAAUCCUGAUGCUGGGUUUGCAGUACAAAUGUCCAUUGAGGAGAGUCUGACUGACACAUCUUUAGCUUGUUUUCAAACUGCUCUUUUGUACACCUCCAGCAAAGGUGAACGUCGAAUUCGAGUGCACACACUUUGCUUGCCUGUAGUAAAUUCACUGACUGAUGUGUAUGCAGGAGCUGAUGUACAAGCAGUUGUAUGCCUCUUAGCAAACAUGGCUGUGGAUCGCUCAGUUUCAUCUAGUCUUCCAGAUGCAAGAGAUGCCUUAGUUAAUGCUGUGGUAGACUCUUUGUCAGCAUAUAUGUCAACUGCCUCAAACCUGCAGCAGUCUAUGCUGAUAGCUCCAAAUUCCCUCAAGUUGUUUCCACUCUAUGUUUUGGCUCUUCUCAAACAGAAAGCUUUUAGAACAGGCACUAGUACGCGCUUAGAUGAUCGUGUUUAUGCAAUGUGCCAGAUAAAGAGUCAGCCUCUUGUUCACAUGAUGAAAAUGAUACAUCCCAACCUGUACAGAAUAGACAAGUUGAUUGAAGAGAGUACAAUACAUGUGAAUGACAGAGUUGUUCCUCAGCCUCCUCUUCAGAAGUUAUCUGCAGAGAAGUUGACAAGAGAAGGAGCUUUCCUAAUGGAUUGUGGUUCAAAUUUUUAUAUUUGGAUUGGAAAGAACUGUGAUAACAACUUCAUAAAAGAUGUCCUCGGAUAUCCAAACUAUGCGUCAAUACCCCAGAGAAUGACGCAGCUUCCCGAGAUAGAUGCACUUUCUUCAGAAAGGACACGAUCUUUCAUAUCCUGGCUUAGAGACAACAGACCUUUAAGUCCUGUUCUUCAAGUAAUAAAGGAUGAAAAUCCUGCUAAAACAGAUUUUUUUCAGCACUUAAUUGAAGAUCGGACAGAAGCAGCUUUCUCUUAUUACGAAUUCUUACUGCAUAUUCAACAGCAGAUUUGUAAGUGAACAAAAAAUAGACCAGAAAAAAAGAACCCAGCUCCAGGUAGCAUUGGCCGAGAGAAGCGUACGGGAAGCGGCAGAAGUGGGUGUUUGUUCUUCACGAUAUGUAGUAACCAGGACUGUUCUGGAAACUUUACAGCUGAAGUAGAAGUGUACGUUUCCAGAGGAAUUUUCCAGAUAUACUUCACUGUAAAAGUGCUAGGAGCAAUGGAGCUGUUUCACUAGUAAUCUUUGAAUUGGUUUAUACACGUUUCCAGUAGUGCAGCGGUAUGGUGCUCUGUUUAUUGCAAGCUGGUGAAUUUAUGUAGCUAUGUGGGAUAUUUCCUAACGAAAUGUACAAUUAAGUAAAGCCUUUUUUCUUACAUUUGUUAUGGUAGCCCUUCAAAAUUCGAAUUCUCAACCAAGAUGUCAAAGGGCAGUGCUGUAUGUUGGUUGUUUAUAUGAAUUUCUUUUUAAAAGGAAUGAUUCGUAUUUACUAGAGACUUCAGCAAAUUCCCUGCGAAAGUUGUAGAAUUUCACUAAAGUAAAAUAAUUGUAGAAAUGAAAUAUAUAAUGUACAUAAGUGUUACAUUUGUAAAGAAAAUGUAAAAAUGUAACUAAAAAAAGACUUAGUUUAGUGUAUGGAAUUGUUGAGUGUUCAAUGAUGAAUUGUUUCGGUCUCAAGUUGACUAUUAAAACAUGCUUAAAAAAAGUCCGUGUAGAAAGAACACAACUUCUUGUUCCGUUUAAUUUUUAGGCGAAUUUAUUUCAGAUCGGCUUAAUAAUUAAAAAUAUUUUGCUUUA